AUGGUCGUUUCUCCCGAUCCUGAGGAGAUACAGUUCAACAAGCUCAAGGUAGGUGGUCCUUCCAGCUCGACCAUUGACAUGGUUGGUGAGAGCCCGACACCCCAUGAAAGUCCUAUGGUGAUCGUGUCGGACGACGAGGAUGCCGACUUGAAGCACACGACUGGUCACAAGGUCGCGCUGACCGUCGAGAUUGAGAAAGGUGAAGGGGUUGAAAGGGAAACAAGAAAAUCUGUGGUUGAAAGUUACCUUUUUAUCAUCAAAAUUAUGGCUUUAACUCCUGUUCAAUAUGCUAUGGUUGUUGCCACCCUAGGCACUGCAUCCUUUAUCAUCGGAAUAUUAGCCGAAGUCAAGAAGCCAGCAGCAGGGGAAGCCAUUACCGGAAAAGGAGUUAUCAUAUGUAAAUAUCCAUACGAUCCUUCGGUGUUCCUCGGAUACAUCUCGACCGCACUUCUCGUGGCUGCCUCAGUUGCCGGAUAUCUCUCUCUCUUUUAUCCCUACAAAGGAAAAUCUGUCCCAAGGAACGCGAUUUUCAGCUCCAGAUGGUGCACUUCUUACAUCUCUAUUGCAUUGGGCUCAACAGUGUUUGCUGCAAUAUUUCUAAUAUGGCCAACAAUCCAAGGCCACAUCCACCACACCAAAAACGUCCACACCGACCUCGAAUUCGACUGUGCCACCGCGAAGACGGGCCUACUCGGUGGCGGUGCCUUUGCCUCCCUAAACUCGUCACUUUUGUGGCUGGUUGCACUCAUGCUCGUCAACAAUGCGCGUGAGGACUACUUUCAAGAUGCCGAGUCGAGCGAGCUAAUAUAA